AAACAAGGACAGCGAAACUGGGAAAACCCAAAACCUGAUUAGGGUUUAACCCUCAAAUUCACCCUUUCUCUAUUCAACAAAAUUCAAUCGGACUCCACAAGUAAAUUAACUUUCUGAUAAAUUCCUCUUCUUUAUACAGUACAGCCUGUGGGAAGCUAUGGAAGAUGGCGGAGGGGAAAGAGAAAGGCUGACACUUGUGGCAAGAAAGCCUUGUUUCGGGCUGCCUACCGCUUGCCCUAAAUCUCUGCCCGUUUACAUUUAUCUUAGAUUUUCCAAGAUUCCAUUUAGUUUGGAAUUCAAUCUCAUCCACCCUGAUUCUGAUCAAAUACCUUUUGUUGAAUCUGGUGAUUAUGUGGCCUAUAAUAAUGAGAAGGGUGGAGUCAUUCCGAACUUGAAGGAGGACGGCAUUGUUGAUUUGGACUCGGAGGUCAGUGGUAUACCCGAGUGGGUAUCAAUAAAGGCGAUGGUCGAGUCCUGGCUUGCUGAUGCAGUCAUGUAUGAACUUUGGGUGGGGUGUGAUGGUAAGUCAGCGCAGAAGAUUUAUUACUCUGAUCUCCCUUGGCCAAUAGGAAAAAUUUUGUACUUCAAGCAAGUUCUUGUUGUGAAACAACUACUUGGGAUAACGUCGGACAACGCAGAAAGAAGAGAAGAAGAGAUAUACAGUAGAGCGGCCUUGGCUUAUGGUGCUUUGUCAUCUAGGUUAGGGGAGCAGUCCUUUUUCUUUGACAACAGGCCGACAAGUUUGGAUGCAGCUUUUCUUGGGCAUGUUCUGUUUGUCCUUCAUGCUUUACCUGAGACAUCGGUUCUGAGAAGCAAGCUCCUGAGUCAUUCUAAUCUUGUAAGUUAUGCUGAAAAUCUCAAAAUGGAGUAUGUAGAUGCCAAUUUGUCGUCUUCAUCAGUCCCCCAGUCUGAUCCCUCUUCAUCGGCUUCAAAGCGAGGCCCUUCACAUUGGAGUUCAAAACCAAGAAGCAAAGCUAAGAGGGAGAAGACGGAGGAAGAGAAGAAGUUCAGAAGAAGAGCUAAAUACUUUCUAGCUACUCAACUUGUUGCCAUUUUGAUUUUCCUCUCCCUCCUUGGCGGAUCUAGUGACGCUGAAGUGGAGCUUGGAGAUGAUGACGAUGGUUUAAAUUAUGACUAGAAUUACCCACCCACAUCGAUGUCCAGGCUUAACGAUUACUUUGUGAUCUUAUCUAGUUUCACUCAUCUGGGGUUUGGAAAAUCUGCAUGUAUACAAGUCAUUGUUUUUCCCUCUGAACUGACUGACAACACGAGUGAAGUACGCGAGCCAUUUUUGGACCAACUGGGAGAGUUCUUGUCACAUUUUAGCUGAAAUUGUUUUAUCAGCUGUGAGCAGCAAUGGAUGGGCUACAGCAAUUUUGCUCAUCAGCAAAGGAUUAAUGAAUAAACUGACUGUUGCUUUGAAUCUGGAGUUGAUACUUAUUAGUUCUAUAUGUUUUUAAGUAGUAAAACAACUCUUUUUGCCA